CGAACCCAAGGCGCUGCGGGCAGGAUUCCUCAUGAUCACCAGCAUCCCAGCUGUGUGGGAAUCUUCAGCUGGCUCCCCGCGCUCUGGGACCUAUCUUACAGAGGGAGAAGGGCGAUAGCGAGCGGGAGGGCUGGAUGGACGCGCUCAAUUCAGCAGGGCUGCGUGUGCUGGGGAAUCCGGAGGCGCUGGUUCCAGCAGCACCUCGGGGAGAUGAAAAGGCAAGGCAGGAAGAGGUCUUAGGACUGCCUGGAUCCCCAGCCCUGUCUUCCUCGCUCCCCGCAGGCCUGCGCGUCGCUAUGGGCUCCGCGGCGGCCCCCGAGGGAGCCCUGGGCUAUGUGCGUGAGUUCACCCGCCACUCGUCCGACGUGCUGGGCAAUUUGAACGAGCUGCGCCUGCGCGGAAUCCUCACUGACGUCACGCUGCUGGUUGGCGGGCAACCCCUCCGGGCGCACAAGGCAGUUCUCAUCGCCUGCAGUGGCUUCUUUUACUCAAUUUUCCGGGGCCGAGCAGGAGUGGGGGUGGACGUGCUCUCACUGCCUGGAGGCCCCGAAGCCAGAGGUUUUGCGCCUCUCCUGGACUUCAUGUACACGUCGAGGCUUCGCCUCUCUCCCGCCACUGCACCUGCGGUCCUGGCGGCCGCUACCUACUUGCAAAUGGAGCAUGUGGUCCAGGCAUGCCACCGCUUCAUCCAGGCCAGCUAUGAACCUUUUGGCAUCUCCCUACGGCCCUUGGAGGCAGAACCACCUAUGCUUCCAACAGCUCCUCCACCAGGCAGUCCCAGGCGAUCAGAAGGACAUCCAGACCCGCCUACUGAAUCUCGAAGCUGCAGUCAAGACCCCCCAAGUCCAACCAGCCCAGAUCCCAAAGCUUGCAACUGGAAAAAGUACAAGUUCAUUGUGCUAAACUCUCAAGCCUCACAAGCAGGAAGUCUUGUGGGGGAGAUGGGUUCUGGUCAACCUUGCCCCCAAGUCAGGCUCCCCAGUGGAGAUGAAGCCUGCAGCAGCAGUGAAGAAGGAGCCACUCCUGGUCCCCAAAGCAGGUUCUCUCCAUCUGCUACCACUGGACAGCUCAAAUGUGGAACUACAUCUAAUACUCCCUAUCUCCUCACACCUCCGGCUCAAGAGACCAUCAGAUCACCCUUUCAAUGUGCUCAUCCACCACCAGGAAGUGAGUUUUUCAGCUGCCAGAACUGUAAGGCUGUGGCUGGGCGGUCAUCUGCGCUGGACCCCUUGACCUCCGGAGACGAGGACAAGCCCUAUAAGUGUCAGCUCUGCCGGUCUGCCUUCCGCUACAAAGGCAACCUAGCCAGUCACCGCACUGUGCACACAGGGGAAAAACCUUACCACUGCUCCAUCUGCGGGGCACGAUUUAACCGACCAGCUAACCUGAAAACGCACAGCCGCAUCCAUUCCGGAGAGAAACCUUAUAAGUGUGAGACCUGCGGCUCGCGGUUCGUGCAGGUGGCGCAUUUGCGCGCGCACGUGCUGAUCCACACCGGGGAGAAGCCUUAUCCCUGUCCUACCUGCGGAACUCGUUUCCGUCACCUACAGACCCUCAAGAGCCACGUUCGCAUCCACACGGGAGAGAAGCCUUACCAUUGCGACCCCUGUGGCCUGCAUUUCCGACACAAGAGUCAACUGAGACUACAUCUGCGCCAAAAACAUGGAGCUGCUACAAAUACGAAAGUGCACUAUCACAUCCUGGGGAGACCCUAGUUGGGUUUCUGCCCACGCCACUUGCUCCAUAGGGGCCAGAAAAGCUGCAGGAUCAGACCUGGCUGCCCUAUCAGCCUUAAACAGAAGUGUGUAGGACCACUCUGAUAUCAGAAACUGCUGCCGCCUUAAUCUCUUAGCGGGGAGAGCAGGGGUGGCAGAUCC